GCGUUCGUUAAGAGUGGUCUUGUUAUUAGAUAUUAAAAAAACUAAAAUCAUGGCUGUAUUAGCUUUGUCAAAUCCUGUAGUUCAAUCGUACAUCGUUUAUUCAGCAAUUUUAGCGCUGAAAUUAAUUUCUGUGAGUGCUAUGACAACCAUCGCUCGUAUGACACGAGGCUCCUUUGGAAACCCCGAAGACGCGAAGGCAUUUAGGGGUAAGGUUAAGUUUGAUGACCCCGUCGUAGAGAGGAUUCGUCGCGCGCAUCUAAACGAUUUGGAAAAUAUUCCUGCCUUUUGGGUAUUGGCUGCAUUGUACUUGACAACAGAACCUGUGGCUGCAUGGGCAACGCUACUGUUCCGUGUAUACACACUAUGCAGGAUUAUCUAUACUAUUGUGUAUGCGUUGAUUCCUUUGCCGCAGCCGACUCGGAGUAUCGCCUAUGGAGUCCCGUCCAUUAUCAAAUGGUACAUGGGUUACCAAGUUGCCUUGUACUACAUCAGUGCUUUUUCGUACAUCGUUUAUUCGGCGAUUUUAGCGCUGAAGUUAUUAUCCGUCAGUGCUAUGACGGCCAUCGCUCGUAUGACACGAGGCAUUUACGCGAAUCCCGAAGACGCGAAGACAUUGAAGGGUAAGGUUAAGUUCGAUGACCCCGUCGUGGAGAGAAUUCGUCGCGCGCAUUUGAACGAUUUGGAAAACAUUCCCGCCUUUUGGGUGUUGGCUGCAUUGUAUUUGACAACAGGACCUGUGGCUGCAUGGGCAACGCUACUGUUCCGUGUAUACACAGUGAGCAGAAUUAUCCAUACUAUUGUGUAUGCGUUGAUUCCUUUGCCGCAACCGGCACGAGGUAUCGCCUAUGGAAUCCCAUACAUUAUCAAAUGGUACAUGGGCAUCCAAGUUGCCUUGUAUUACAUCAGUGCUGUGUAAUCUAAAUCUAGGACUUGUUAUCAAUGUGAUUUUUAUGUGUGGUUAUGGUUGCCUUUCAGUUUUUAUUAAAAUACUCAAAAUGUA